AGUUGCCGUUAUUAGACGUGAGCUUUGUACGACAUUGUCGGUUAAUUUCAUUAUCUUGAUAGUGAAUUUCGUCGCAGCCUCCGCAAACUCUAUACAAAUAUAUUCGGAAGCGGUUUUAAAAAAACCCAAAACAAAAACACAUAGUGUCUGUUACUACUAUACUAAUCUCACAACAUUUUAUUACUUCCGGAUCUAUUAUUCCGGAUUUCAGAAAUGAUGCUAUGUUAUUGAAUUUAAGCUGUAUUUGAAUACGCAAAUAACAUUUCUAGUUCUGCUAUCUGCAAUAAAAAAUAUUGUAUGCUUGCGUGCGAUCAAAAGUUGAAUGUGUUCGUUCAGUAGCAACGCGUGAGUUUUGAGCAAAUGUACACAUGUGUAUAUAUGUGAGUUAAGUAAUAAAAAUGAUAAAGGCGAUAAACAUUUAAAGCUGACAGCACUGGCGCAAGCGAGUAGAUGUGAGCUCAUCAACAUAUUUGCGCAAUUUCUGUCUGAAGUGAGCCCCGUUUAAUUGCGCAGCACGAAUACGAAAGUGUCCCACACUCACACACACACACACACACACACACACACAAAUGACGUCCUGCUGACAUGUUCAUGUUCAGGAACAAGGAAUAUAGCAAUUUAGCGAUAGUUAUAAAAAGUUCGUCAUAUAGUUGGCACUUUCAUCUGGGCUAUAGAUAGACAGACGGCAACAGAUGUGCAACAGAGCACCUCAAUACGUUAGCUGAUUGAAGUUUGGAAAAUCAACACAAUAAUCAAUUGUUAAAGCAAUUAUCGAGCAGUUGCUGGUAAUUGAAUUUUGUGGCUAGCGCUAUGGCCGAGGAGGAGUUGCAGGCACUCGUGGAACGCCUCGAUGACGCCUCGGCGGAGAACAUUGCCAACGCCAUUGCCAACUUCUCGCUAGAGAUGCUGCAGAGAGCCAGCGCGCUAAUUGGCAGCCAGCAGCCGCACAGCGGUGCUCUACUCAUUAACCGCACCCUGGAGGACCAGUGCAAGCAACAGGCCGACCUACAGGAUGCCCUUUACCCCCCCAGCCCACAUUUGGGCCACACAGUGAUAGACCAAUAUAGCAGCAGUAGCAAGCCGACCUUGUAUUGUCCCAGCUCGUUCGAUUCGGUGCUCUGUUGGCCCCGCACCAGAGCCAGCACCUGGGCCAUUCUGCCCUGCUUCGAGGAGUUCAAGGGCGUGCACUACGACACAACAGAGAAUGCAACGCGCUUUUGCCAUGCGAACGGUACGUGGAAUCAUUACUCCAAUUAUAGCAGCUGCCAUCAGCAAUCGGGCUCGGUGCCAAUUGUUCCCGACUUCUCGGCCAGCGUCGAUCUGCCGGCCAUUAUCUAUGCCGGCGGUUAUUUCAUAAGUUUUGCAACUUUGGUGGUGGCGCUUAUCAUAUUCCUAAGCUUUAAAGAUUUGCGCUGCCUAAGAAAUACAAUACAUGCGAAUCUAUUUCUAACAUACAUCACCUCAGCGCUUCUGUGGAUCCUAACACUCUUCCUGCAAGUGAUAACAACUGAAUCUAGUCAGGCUGGCUGCAUAACGCUGGUCAUUAUGUUUCAAUACUUUUACCUGACUAAUUUCUUCUGGAUGUUUGUUGAAGGUCUCUAUCUCUACACCUUGGUGGUGCAAACGUUCUCCAGCGAGAACAUAAGCUUUGUUAUCUAUGCAUUAAUUGGCUGGGGCUGUCCGGCGCUCUGCAUUUUGAUUUGGUCCAUUGCCAAGGCAUUUGCCUCGCAUCUGGAGAAUGAGCAUUUCAAUGGUCUGGAAAUUGAAUGUGCCUGGAUGCGUGAAUCUCACAUCGAUUGGAUAUUCAAGGGGCCGGCCUCAUUGGCGAUUCUAAUUAAUUUAGUAUUUCUCAUACGCAUUAUGUGGGUACUCAUCACCAAAUUGCGCUCGGCGCACACAUUGGAAACGCGACAGUAUUAUAAGGCCUCCAAGGCCCUUCUUGUCUUAAUACCGCUCUUUGGUAUUACGUAUUUGCUAGUGUUAACUGGACCCGAGCAGGGCAUCAGCCGUAAUCUCUUUGAGGCAAUGCGAGCCUUUUUACUCAGCACGCAGGGCUUCUUUGUGGCACUGUUCUAUUGCUUUCUGAACUCGGAGGUGCGACAGACGCUGCGGCAUCGCUUCAUUAGAUGGCGUGAGAGUCGAAAUAUUCAUCGUGGCAACUCGCUUAAGAAUCGUAGCACCGAGGAGUGUGUAAUAUGUUUACGGCCAUCGCUGCACACACGUGUUGGCUCAUUAAAACGCUAUCACAGCAUUGAUCUAACCGAUUUUGUUUAGACAAAACUGAUUGAUUGAUUUAUAUGUAUUCUCUCGAAAAAACAAAUAUACCAACAUACACCUACAAUUGUUCUCGUGCAACGAUAACCGCUAUAUACCAAUCAAAAAGUUUUUUGUGAUUUAUAAUACAACAAUUUUGUAACUCGA